UGUCAGUGGAUAUGACAACCACGGUGCGUACGAAAAUGAAAGCGACUCUGCACUUUCACGAAUUUACAAUCUUGGUGACGUCAAGCCCCUGCUUUGAGCCAGCUUGACCCCUACCAAUUUGGUUGGAGGUAUUUUAGCCAAGAAGCAGAAUCUUCAAGUUAUGUUGAUUUGAACGAGAUGGUGGACGGGGUCUUCACAGGAAAUGUUGCACCAUGUCGCCUUGACCAGGAACAAAAUAAACCCGACAUCACGCAUGAGCACGGCACAGAUCAAGCCGCUCACUUGCCGAUUGGCUUGAGAAAUGCUUUGACUUCCAGCCAUAGAACUGCUCGCUCAUCCCUUGACACCCGGGUCAAGAAAUUCUCACAUAGCUUCUCGGCGAGUCCAAGAGUAACACAAGCGGCAGAGUUUGCAAAGCCUCAAGCGGAGUCCUUCAUUCUCAACCCAUGGCCUGUGAAUACGGGAGUAGGCCCAUCUGCCAAUGUCUCCACCGCUCAGGAGAUGAAUGGUGCACUCAGAGUCCCGCUUCCCUGUUUGUCUGCGACAGACCGUUGGAACAAGCACACUUCAAAGUACACGUUGAGUCCUAAGGUCUCUGGCGACAUGAUUUGUACCCACUGCGACCAGAAGUUCACUGAAGUUGAGGAGUACACCAAGCAUCUUGAUGAAAAAAAAGUUGUGCACGAUAAUUUCUGUCCGGACAUGAGUUGCGCGUUUGCAGCCUUGGGUUACCGGUACAGGUGGCUCCUCCGUCGCCACAUUUGUAACCAUCAUUUGAAGGACUACAACAAUAAAAAGCUCAGGAAGAACUCGUCUGGAAAAGUGACGGCACUCACCGACAACUUCUUGAGCCACGUCUACGUCUGUAAGAAGACCAAUUGUCUGAGAGCAUUUUACCGGCUGGACAGCUUGCUGAGGCACGAAAAGCUCAUUCACUCUGUUUGUGGCAAGCAAAAACGCAAAGAAAGAUUGAAGCUUAGUAAGUGCGACCCGAAGAUUUUUGAGUAGGGCCCCACUUACUAUCAGUCCCAGGUGGACCGAGUUGUGCUUCUCUGUUUUUUGUUUGUUUCUGUAGACGGGUCAAAUCGUUUUCUGUGUUGAUUACCCGAUAUAGCAUUCUACAAGGUACAUCUUUUAAUUUAUUCCAUUCAAUUCGCAUCCUAGUGGAUAGAGGUCUGUAUAUGAC